AUGAAACAGCAAGAGCAUUGCUACACCUUCUGGAUGGUUUACUUCUAUGAAUCUGAGCCGCUGGAAGGCUCAAGAAAGUACCAGAUCGCGACGGGAAAGGACAAAUAUGAAAAUGACCUACUGAUUAAGUAUGGUUAUCGGGAGCUGAACUACGUCUGGUUUCACACCGAUAAAUACUCCAGCGGACAUGUAUACCUGAAGCUGCAUCCUGACGAGAAAUCUCUAGAUGAUGUGCCUGCAGAGGUUGUCAACGACUGCCUGCAGUUGUGUAAAUCGAUGUCAAUUCAGGGCAACAAAAUGAACCAGUGUACCAUUUUACAAACCCCAUGGCAUAAUUUGAGGAAAAACCAGUACAUGAAGCCAGGGGAAGUCUCAUUCAAGUCCUUACAAAGGGUGCGAAAGAAACAAUGCUUUGCCCGGGAUCAGCGGCUAUUGAAUAGACUAGCGAAAACUCGCGUUGAGGUUACUGACGAAGUAGAACAACUACUCCAUCAAGCGAAGAAGAGUAAGGACGGUGAUUUUUUCCUACGAUACGUCGCCGAUAACCGAGAGAAACUCAUCGAAGAAGCCAGGGUUAGGAAGCAAGAUAAAAAGCGGCGCAAAAAGAGGGAACAAGAGGACGGGUCUGAUUCUAAUCUUUCAUCUUGA